AGCGCAGCGCGGCCUGCGACGGGGACCAUGGCCAUCGACACAGCAAUGGAAGCGCCCGAAGAGAAGGAGAAAGAGGGGCGGGAACGGGAGCAAGAGGAGCAGGAUGCAGUAGUAGCAGGAACAGAAGGAGCAGCAGCAGCAGCGCAUACGGGGCCCUCGCUCGUGCUGAUCAUGGGCAUGCGCUCGGCGGGCAAGACGACGCUGGGCAGGCUGGCGGCCGAGCACCUGCCCGGCCACGUUGCCUUUCUCGACGCCGACGACGAGUUCUGCCGGCUGCAUGCGCCCCACACGCCCAAGACAUUCGUCGCUGCGCACGGCUGGCCUGCGUUUCGCGCGGCCGAGACAGAGAUCCUGCGCAGCGUGCUUGCGGCGCAUCACCCCCAGCAGCAGCAGCAGCAGCAGCAGCAGCAGUGCCGCCAGCCCAGCAAGCUCGUUGUCUCGCUCGGCGGCGGCGUCGUCGAGGAGCCAGCGAACCGGGCGAUGCUCACGGCGGCCUGGAGUGGCGCCGACGGCCUGCUCGACGUCGAGAAGCGCACCGCCGUCGUGCACGUCUUUCGCGAGGUCGACUACGUCGUGCACGAGGCCGACGGCCGCCGUGCGGGCGCCCGUGCCAAGCCAGCGUGGGUCGGCGUCGGUGGGGCCGAGGAGGUGUGGGCCAGACGGCGGCCCUGGUUCCGAGAGUGCUCAUCGCACGAGUUUGUCAACUUCACCGAGCCAGGCGCCGGCGACGAGGCCGAGUCGUCGCUGCAGGCCCGGCUGCGCUUCGAGGCCGUCGAGCGCGACUUUGUCCGCUUCCUCGCCCGCCUCGUCUCGUCCUUUUCCGGCCGGGGAAAACCGAUGUUUGGCGCGGCAGACGACGGUAACGACGCCGCCGCCGCAGCCACCGCCGCCGCCGCCCGGUCCUACCUCGUCACGCUUCCGUUUGCAGACCUGUACCCGCACGUCGCCCACCUGCGCCAGCUGUCGACGGGCGCAUCGGCCAUCGAGCUGCGCGCCGACCUGCUCGUCGACCCGACGCCCGACUCGCGCGCAGGCGGCAGCAACGAGGCGUACGAGAACCCAUCGCUGUCCUACCUGUCUGAGCAGGUCGGCCUCGUCCGGCGCCACCUCGCCGAUCUGCCCCUCGUCUUUAGCCUCCGCACGCCGGCCCAGGGCGGGCGAUACCCAUACCCGGCCGAUGCGCCCGCCUCGGCGCUGUUCCGGUCGCUGCACCAUGCGCUCAAGCUCGGCGUCGACUGCCUCGAUGUCGAGCAGGGCCUGGACGCGGCCAUGACGCAGCGCCUGCUCAGCGAUGCCGGGCGCAGGCAGACGUGCGUCAUUGUCAGCUGGCGCGACACGCUCCCACCUGACCAGGGCGGCUUCGCGUGGGGCUCCCAGCGAGCCACCGAGCUGUACGAGGGCGCAUGCCGGCUGGGCGCCGACGUCGUCAAGAUCGUCGGCACCGCCGGCGACACCAACGACAACUUUGCGCUGCGCCUCUUUGCCAGCGCUGUCUCUGGCGAGCGAGAAAAGGAGACGACGACGAGGCGGCCACGGCGGCCGCCGCUGUGCGCAUACAACAUGGGCUACCGCGGGCGCAUCAGCCGGUUCCUCAACCCGACGCUGGCCAGCAUCACCCACCCACUCGCCAAGACGCUGACGUCCGAGGGCAUCGUGGGCUCGCCCUCGAUGACAUUUCGCGAGGUGCAGCAGGCUCUGCACCUCAGCGGCCUCAUUGAGAGCAGGACCUACGUCGGUCUCACCAAGCGAGACGACGGCGGUGGCAGCGGCGGUGGUGGGCUGGACAGCGACGGUGGCGUGGUGGGCGGUAACAGCAGUCGCGUGACGGGUGACGAAGAGAGCAGCAGGUACGCGGCCUGGUCCCUCGAGCUGGGCCUGCCGUACGCCGCGCGCACCGAGUCGUGCCAGGGCCUGGGCGAGCGCCUCAACUACCUCCUGGGCCACGAGCGGGACCUGAUGGGCCUCUGGCUGGGCGAGGGCGACGAGGUGUGGAAGCGCGACGAGGCCCUGCUCCUGCGCUGCACCACGCUCAGCGAUGAGGUCACAGCCACGCGCUGCAUCGACACCAUCAUUCUCCGCAAGGACAAGCAGGGCUACAAGACGCUCCACGGUCGCAACUGCCUCGUUGAGGCCAUUCGCGGACUCGUCCGCGAGACACUCUCGCCGAGCAUCCACCUCACGCGCAGCAGUCUCGCGGUCGUGCUAGCUUCUAGUGGUCGUGGCGGAUACAGCGGCGGCUUUGAUGACGAUGACACCUACACCUACACCACGAUCAUCACCAACGAAGACGACGACGACGAUGAAAGCGACGAGCAGGACAGUGUCGCGACGAGGUCCGCCGUCUGUGCUCUGCACGGCGCCGGUCUCGAGCGCGUCGUGGUGAGGGACCCUGCCUCUCCCGGCGCGCUUGACUUUGACAGGAGCCCGACGAUUGUCGUGGGCGCCUGCCGAAGCAUGCACCAGGCGCAAAUCGACGCUGCCAAGCUGCUCGCCAACCAACAGGGUGGCCUCUACAUCGAUCUGCUGCGACGAGAUGGCAGUACUGGCUGUGACAUGGUGGAGCGCGUCAAGGAAGCCAAGGACCGCGGCUGGCGACUCCUCGACGAUCGCCAGGUCAGGGAUAGGGUUCAGUCGCAGCGCUUCUUCUCCUUUACGGGCGUCCUCCCUCCAAGUUACUCCUCCUCCUCACCCUCCUCUGUACCAUAUGCUGCUCCUCAACCUCUUCUCUCGCCAUCCCAAAUCUAAUCAAUCGAUC